AUCCAAAUAUUUUAUCAUAAAUUCUGCCACAAAUCAGACGCUCGAAAUCGGCAUCGGGGUAGUCAGCUCCUCAGCAACUACCCACCAUUUUCUUCCAUCCAUAAAAGGGAAAAUAGAAUUCGUCUCGAAUAAUCAUCAGAAAUUCUGCGAGCAUAUACACACGUAAAGAGAGAGAUAGAGAGGUGGCGGGGCGAGAGACGAGAAGGAGGUAGAAAUUAGCCGAACGCGGCGGCGCGUGCCGUGGACUGAAAGAGGAUGAUAACGCGAUCUAAUUUGGCGGAGCAGCUGAGAGAAUAUCAGAUUCGAUCUAAGCACGAUUGGGCUUCCCUUUCCUUUUUCUCUUCCACCUCCAAUCUCGCCUCUUCCAGGGUUGACGUCGCCAUUUUUGUCAUAUGGGAACUCGUGAUUUUGGCUUUCCUCGUUUUCUCGUCCGUUUCGUUGUAUUUUAGGCACUUGAGGCUUGCUGUAGUCUUGUUGUGUAUUACGGGGUUGUUGCUUUUGUUCAUGAAGAUUACCAAGCAAGUUAGAUUGUCCAGGAAGAAGAAACGAAGGAUGCUCCUUCCUCUGUCUAUGUAGGUGCUGUGAAGUUUGAAAAUUUUUGGAACAACAACUAUAACAUUUUCAUGUAGAUCUUCAGGAUUAUCGACCGUUGCUUUCGGCUUUUUCUUUUCUUUUAUUCUAUUUUUAUCCUUCCCCUCCAUAGUUUGUGUUGUAUGUAACUGUACCCAUGAUAAUUGAUUUAAGAAUGUAAGCGUGUGGUUUAUUCCGUUGCUAAGUGCUAAAAAGAUUAAAAACAGCCGGUGCUUCAAUUUGCCUGUGUUAUACUGGAUAUUACAAAUUUUGGUCUCCCAGGUUUUUGCCUUCUAUUUCUGGGGAUAUGAAAG